AUGGAAUAUGCUAUCAUUUUAGCAACCCCCGUGGCCUCUUUUCUGGUCUUCUUGGCCUUACGCAUCGUCAUCUACCGUCUUAACGCUCACCCACUUGCGGCGUUCCCCGGUCCUAAACUCGCCGCGGCUACUUUCCUCUACGAGUUCUACUAUGAUGUGAUUAAAGGAGGCAUGUAUAUCUGGGAGAUCGAACGCAUGCAUGAAAAAUAUGGCCCCAUUGUCCGCAUAAAUCCCAGAGAACUACAUAUCAAAGAUCCUCACUACUACGAAGACAUCCACGCCGGUGGCUCGCACAAACGGGCCAAAGACCCUCGGUAUGUGGUGGCGUUUGGAGCUCCAAAUUCUCUCGUCGCAACCGUGAAUCAUGACCACCACCGCCUGCGCCGGACUUUCCUAAACAGCUACUUCUCCAAACGUUCCAUCGCUCAAUUGACACCGUAUAUCCAACAAAAAGUUGACUUUCUGACUCGCCGUUUUGAGAAUGCUUACAAACAAGCGGCUGUUUUGCACUUGCAAUUGGACUUCGCCGCGCUGACCGCGGAUGUAAUCACACACUACUGCUACGGCUGGAGCUACGGCUAUCUAGAGGAUGCUAACAGUGCCAGGAGCAACAAUCUUGUGAACGCGGUGGCGGGCCUUAUGAGCAUGUUCCACAUCAACCGCUUCUUCCCGUUUCUAGUCGCUAUAUUCCGAAAGGCUCCAGCAUGGGCUGUUCGCGUGCUACAGCCUAAAAUGAUGGAUCUCUUCAAUAUGAAGGUUCAGUUGCGCCAACAAGCUCGUAAGAGCCUGCGAACGAAGAAGGUGGAGGAUUCAGACCUUUGUCUCAAUGAUAAUAUCUUCAACUCCUUAACCAGCCCCAAAGUCCCAGCACAGGAGCGAUCGCUGGACCGCUUAGAAGACGAGUCUGCUCUCCUGCUAGGGGCAGGUACAGAAACGACGGCGCGAGCUAUCGCGAUGUCUAUGUUCCACGUGAUGAAUGACAAGGAGAUCGCAAGGAAGUUACGUGACGAGUUGAGGACGGUUCUCAAGACCCCGAAAUCCACGGCUUCAUGGACAGACCUAGAGAAACUGCCUUAUUUGACUGGCGCUGUUAACGAAGGCCUCCGCCUCAGCCAUGGCAUGACGGCACGACUUGCUCGAAUCUCGCCUAUCGAGGAUCUCCGUUACAAUGAGUGGGAGAUUCCUGCUGGAACACCAAUCAGCCAAUCAAACUACUUCGUUCAUAUGGAUCCGAAAAUCUUCCCCGAACCGGAGAGGUUCAACCCUGAGCGAUGGGUCCAAGCCGGUGAGAAAGGCGAAUAUUUGAACCGGUUUAUCGUGGCAUUUACCAAGGGAAGCCGACAAUGCCUUGGGAUAAAUCUCGCCUAUGCAGAAAUCUAUAUGACCUUAGCACACAUUGUGCGCCGCUUCGAUAUGGCCCCUUAUGAAACCACCACUGCUGAUCUCAAAAUGUACCGCGAACUCGGCGUUGCGAUGCCGAAAACGGGCUAUUUUGAUGUGAAAGCUACAGUGGAGGCCAUCAUUGAUGAUUGA